UAGAAGAAGGGUUGUUGAUUCUCCAUUAUAUUAUAUGUGUAUGUUUGUGUGUGUGUUUAUAAAUAAUUAUUAAGCUCCAAGCAACAGAGAAAUUCAUGGCACCUGUGAGCUCCCAUGGUGGUCCUUCACACGCUUCAUUUGGGUCCCUCCACCUUCCAUACUAAAUACUCUACUCCACACCACAAUCCCUUCUAACCAUUUCUGUAUAUUUCUCGCAGAUUCAUCAGAUCCCAACCCAUAAAGCAAUUCUGCAAAAAGCAAAAGCACUUCUGCUCUGCUAACCCCUCUUUCCUUUCCUUUUUCUCCUCGUUUUCCCUCUUUAUCCUCCUCACUCCCCCUUCUCUUCCUUAUCUCUUUGGAACUUCACCAUUUUUCUUUUCCUCAACUGGGUUUCUCUUGCCGAUCAUUCUUUUUCUCAUCAUACUUGCUGUCCUCUCAUCAAUCGCCUUCAACCCAUUUUAGGGUUCUGGCACUUAGAUCUGAAACCGUCCGACAAGAACUGUUUGGAUUUCUAGUACUACUUUUGAGGCUUCUGAGAACUGUUUGACAUAAUUUGGAUUCAAUCUUCAGCUUCGGUGAAGAAAUCUGACCCUACUUUGUCUACUAAUUAUUUUGGAUCCGUUUCCUUAUCAACAAGAAGAUGCAGAGGCCACCGCCAGAAGAUUUUCUAUUGAAGGAGACCAAUCCCCAUCUUGGUGGGGGGAAGGUCACUGGAGAUAAGCUCACGAGCACGUAUGAUCUCGUUGAGCAAAUGCAGUAUCUCUACGUCCGUGUUGUCAAAGCGAAAGACUUGCCUGGAAAGGAUGUUACUGGUAGCUGUGACCCUUAUGUAGAGGUGAAGCUUGGGAACUACAAGGGUACAACUCGACAUUUUGAGAAGAAAUCGAAUCCUGAGUGGAACCAGGUUUUUGCCUUCUCGAAAGACCGGAUUCAGUCUUCAGUGCUUGAGGUUACUGUAAAGGAUAAAGAUUUUGUGAAGGAUGAUUUCAUGGGUCGUGUUUUAUUCGACAUGAAUGAGAUUCCAAAGCGCGUUCCACCCGACAGUCCAUUGGCUCCUCAGUGGUAUAGACUUGAAGAUAAGAAAGGCGAUAAACUGAAAGGAGAGCUAAUGUUGGCUGUUUGGAUGGGAACUCAAGCUGAUGAAGCAUUUCCUGAAGCAUGGCAUUCAGAUGCUGCAACUGUCAGUGGAACUGAUGGUCUAGCGAAUAUUCGAUCGAAGGUGUAUCUUUCACCUAAGCUCUGGUAUUUAAGGGUUAAUGUUAUCGAAGCUCAGGACUUACAGCCUACUGAUAAGGGUCGAUACCCUGAAGUUUUUGUGAAGGCUGUCCUGGGAAAUCAAGCUUUGAGAACAAGGAUUUCCCAGAACAGGACAAUCAAUCCAUUGUGGAAUGAGGAUUUGAUGUUUGUAGCUGCAGAACCAUUUGAGGAACCCUUGAUUUUGAGUGUCGAGGACCGAGUUGCUCCGAAUAAGGAUGAAACCCUUGGUAGAUGUGCGAUUCCUUUGCAAUAUGUGGACCGGAGAUUGGACCAUAAACCUGUGAACAGCAAAUGGUACAAUCUGGAGAAGCAUAUUAUCCUUGAAGGAGAAAAGAAGAAAGAAAUCAAGUUCGCUAGCAGAAUUCAUAUGAGGAUCUGUUUGGAAGGUGGUUAUCAUGUUUUGGAUGAAUCAACACACUAUAGCAGUGAUCUUCGUCCUACUGCCAAAGUAUUGUGGAAGCAGAGCAUUGGAGUGUUGGAAUUAGGUAUCCUCAAUGCUCAGGGAUUGAUGCCUAUGAAGACUAAAGAUGGUCGUGGGACAACAGAUGCAUAUUGUGUGGCGAAAUAUGGGCAGAAGUGGGUUCGAACUAGGACGAUCAUUGAUAGCUUCACACCCAAGUGGAAUGAGCAGUAUACUUGGGAAGUUUUCGAUCCAUGCACAGUGGUUACGAUUGGUGUCUUUGAUAAUUGUCAUUUGCUUGGGGGAGAUAAAGGUGGAGGGACAAAGGAUUCACGGAUUGGAAAGGUGAGGAUACGUCUUUCAACUCUCGAAACAGACCGAGUUUACACACACUCGUAUCCUCUUCUGGUUUUGCAUCCAAAUGGAGUGAAGAAGAUGGGUGAGAUACACUUGGCUGUGAGGUUCACUUGCUCUUCCUUGCUGAACAUGAUGCACAUGUACACACAUCCCCUGCUUCCCAAAAUGCAUUAUAUUCAUCCUUUGACGGUCAGCCAGCUUGAUAGCUUAAGGCAUCAGGCAACGCAGAUCGUAUCAAUGAGGCUGACCCGGGCUGAGCCACCACUGAGGAAGGAAGUAGUUGAAUAUAUGCUGGAUGUCGGUUCCCACAUGUGGAGCAUGCGAAGAAGCAAAGCAAAUUUCUUCAGGAUUAUGGGAGUUUUAAGUGGAUUAAUAGCAGUAGGAAAAUGGUUUGAUCAAAUUUGCAACUGGAAAAACCCCAUUACCACUGUACUGAUACACAUCUUGUUUAUAAUCCUCGUCAUGUACCCAGAGCUAAUCCUGCCCACCAUUUUCCUCUACCUCUUCUUGAUUGGUGUUUGGUAUUACCGUUGGAGGCCAAGGCAUCCGCCACACAUGGACACUCGUUUGUCACAUGCAGACUCUGCACACCCCGAUGAACUUGACGAAGAAUUCGACACAUUCCCAACAUCAAGGCCUGGUGACAUCGUGAGGAUGAGGUACGACCGACUUAGAAGCAUUGCUGGGAGGAUUCAGACUGUUGUGGGGGAUUUAGCGACUCAAGGAGAGAGGUUGCAGUCUUUGCUUAGCUGGAGAGACCCAAGAGCCACUGCCCUGUUUGUUUUGUUCUGUCUUGUUGCUGCUAUUGUCUUAUACGUCACACCAUUCCAAGUUGUGGCCCUGCUUACUGGAUUUUAUGUUUUGAGACACCCCAGAUUCCGCCACAAGCUUCCUUCUGUGCCACUGAAUUUCUUCAGGAGGCUGCCUGCAAGGACUGAUUGUAUGUUGUGAUGAGAGCCUGACCAAUGUCUGCAUCUCCCCUCCAAUUCUCUUGGACUGACCGACAAUGAUGAUGACAUUGCCAUGGUAUUGCAGUUAUUUUUUCUGCAUUUGUCUUUUCAGUUAGAUAAUGAAGACAGGGAGGAAAGAAAGCAAUAGCAUAGCAGUCUUGUUUGCUUCUUGCAUCUUGAGUGGCCAAUUUUUUGUUCUUUUAUGUGAUGUGUAUGACCUUUCUUUUUUUACCCUUUUUUUUCUUAACAAAGCCAAUGUAUUGGCAUGUGGGGUUUUAUUUUUUUUAUUCCUUCCUCUAUGGAUCAUGUUAUAAAAAAUAGAUAUCUUCCCUUCCCUGAAACAGAACAGACCCUUGUGUCAAAAACUCUUCCCAUGUCCAUAUAUUGAUGAUGUUUAACUCCUUCCUUCGUUCUACAUGAACUUGCGAUGUGAUGUGAUCUCUUAGUUUCUUCGAAAAACCCAUUGUUUGUUGAUACAAACACUUUGUGGCUA